AUGCUUGUCUUGAUCGCUGGUAUCACCGGCUUCGUCGGUCUGCCGUGUGCCAGGUCCGCAUUUGCGCGUGGCUUCAAAGUCCGCGGCCUAGCCCGCAAUAUCAAUAACCUCCCGGAAGAUGUUCGCAGCCGGCUUGAAGGCUUCGAGACAUUGUCGAGCCCCUAUGACGUCGCUGCAAUGGACCGGGCCACCAAAGGCGUUGAUGCCAUCAUUUGCUCCUUUGCUGGCGUUCCGGAAAUGUUUAUGGAAUCGCAACUACUUCUCAUUAGGGCAGCGGAGCGGGCGGGCGUGAAGAUCUUCCAUGCCACCUCAUGGAACUACGACUGGACGCUUUCCCCCGGUUCGCACGAAAUAUACGAUGAUAUGCGGGGCUUCGCUCACCAUGUGGCACUCAGUUCGGCCAUCAAGCCGAUCUAUAUGUUCACCGGUGCGAUCGCGGAUUACUACUUCAAGCGUAGCCGAUAUGACUGGGAUCCGGAUACCAAGUCAUUCAACUUCCACGGGCCUUCGACAUUCCCCACUCGAUACACGACCGCAGAGGACAUCGGAAACUAUGUGCUCGAGGCUAUCACCGCCCCUAAUGCUGCCGAUGGAGGUUUUGUUCGAGUCCAGAGCUUCGAAGCCUCCCCCGAAGACAUUGUCAAAGCAUACAAUACAGCGAGA